AACCAUAACCACAACAUUGCUGGCAGAUAAUGUUCCUCUUCGUCGGGUUUCUUCCGUCGGAAGCCCCUCCGAUCGCUUGAAGAAGACGAGCAUUUAGUCCCCCGGAGCUCCUACGAAGCAUUGAUUUGUGCUGCCACUACCACCACCGAGAUGAACUCUUGUUCUCCCUUUCCCAAUCCAGUCUAUAAUGCCGCCAUAGCUCAACCACGAGAUCCUACACCUUCUUGUCCAACCCCCAGCUUCUUGUUGAAUCCGAGAAGCCCACCCCAUGUCGGAUUUUGUUGUACGCACAGGAUGCUCUCGCUGAAGAAGAGGAGAAGCUCGAGCUUCCUGUUCGAUGCCGUGGCGGAUGGUCGAUCAGGAGAGGUGGUCGGCACUGGCGGUGUUGCGGACGAUGACGACGACGAUCUAUGUCCGGUUGAUUGCGUCAGGGAGUUCAAGACCGAGGAGGAGUUCGCGAGGAUCCUGGACAAGGCCAAGGCCGCCGGGUCGCUCGUGGUUGUGGAUUUCUACCGCGCCUCGUGCGGAAGCUGCAAGUACAUCGAGCAGGGCUUCGCGAAGUUGUGCAAGGGUUCCGGCGAUCAGCAAGCGGAAGUGGUCUUCCUGAAGCAUAAUGUUAUUGAUGAAUAUGACGAACAGUCUGAGGUUGCAGAACGGCUACGGAUAAAGUCAGUUCCACUGUUCCAAUUCUACAAGAAUGGGGUCCUGUUGGAAGCGUUUCCAACCAGAGACAAGGAAAGAAUAAUAGCUGCCAUUCUUAAAUAUACUUCCAGUUCCUAAGUGUUGGUGAUGUUGCUUCACAGGCUGCAGGUUUGCAUUGUUGCACUCAUUCUCUUAUGACCUGCUGUUCGUAUAUCGAGUAGCCUCUGUUAUCAUAUGCUUGUACAUCUGUGCCAUGGCUGCUUCAUCUUAUUCUUUAGACUACCUACUAGUUUUGUAUGGAAAGCCUGAUUCAAUGUAGAUAAUCUGUUGGCUUCCAACACUACAUCAGACAUUCUAAAUUGUCGAUUGCUAGUCUAAUCACCGAUACUCUUGUAAUAUGAGCCUGUGUGUAAAAUGAGGGUAACAUUCUUGAUUCGUUUGGAUAGAGGAUCACAUAAUGGAAAUAAAUGUACUUAAAAUAUAGUCGAAUAUUGUGGAUGGUGACUUGUUGCUCCA